AUGAACUUUCUCUAUGAUGAAAUUUUGGAUGUGGUCCCUCUGUCUGUUAUUCCAGGCGAAGCCCCUGUCUCAAACCAUCCCAUGGAUGCAUUUGCUUCUGCAUGCCCCACUCAAGGUAACAACUCUAGUAUCCCUUCUAGCUCUACUCAUGCCACUAGUUCUAAGGAAGAUAUGCACCACACUGAUCGUGUCAUUAGAAACCUAGUCACUAGAAUCCUGAAUGAAGGACAUUCUGUGAAGGGAGUCUCUACUCCUCUGUCUAGAAUGUACCCCUCUCUUGAGGUUGAACCUCAUAGUAAGAAGGAUGAUGAUUCCUCUAGAUCUGAGAAGGACAUGGUUGCUGAAGCCAAAGUAGCUAAGAAGACUACUGGUGUAGGUCCCUCAAAAUCUUGGAGCAAAGUUGAUGUAAAGAAGAGGACGGUGAGAGAAGUUUCUGAGUCUGACGAAGAUGUUGAAGAAGAUGUCUCUGACAUCUCCCCUAUGAAGAGGACAACUGUGAGGAAGUCCCCUGUGAAAGUUGUUGCUGUACAUUUGGACAAUAUCUCUUUCCAUCUUGAAGAUGGAGCUGCAAAAUGGAAGUUUAUGAUCCAAAGAAGGGUGGCUGUAGAGAGAGAGUUAGGCAAGGAUGUUGUUGAGGUCAAAGAGGUCAUGUACCUAAUUAAAAAUGUUGGGUUAAUGAAGACUGUGGCUGUGUUAUCUCAGUGCUAUGAGGGAUUGGUUAAGGAAUUCAUUGUUAACAUUCCUGAAGAUAUUGCUAAUAAAAACAGCAAGGAAUUUUGUAAAGUUUUUGUGAGAGGGAAGUGUAUCACAUUUUCUCCCACUGUCAUUAACAAGUUUCUGGGAAGAGGUACAGAAGGUGCAUGUGAAUUGGAAGCCACAGGCAAAGAGGUCUGUAAAGAAAUUACAGCAAGACAGGUGAAGGAGUGGCCUAGUAAAAAGCAUCUCCCUGCUGGGAAGCUGACUGUUAAUAAAGCUGCUUAUAGCCUUUCCCUCAAUGAUUUGUGGGAUUAUCCUGAGUCAACACCCUGGGAUUCUGAGUACCAAUGA